UACAGAUUGAUAGAAUACUAUUUUGGUACUAGUUGAAAUCAAAAGUUUCAAAAGUUACAAUUAAUUCUAUAAAGGUUUGUUGGAAAAAGAAAUUUACAUUUUAUUCGUGUUCAGUGCAUUUUUCCUUCCCUCCAAAAACACGAAACGUCGAUUUUAAUGUGAUUUUGUGUGCGUGCAUGUGUUUGAGUGAAAGCAUACAUGAACGCAAUAAUUGCAUUAUGUCAUUUCUGCGAAGCGCAUGGUCCAUGCCCAAUUUUGUGUACACACACAUUACGUGACACAAAAAUCGAUGAGCUUGAAAACAAUAGCAACGAUAAUGAAAACAAUUGUCCCGGAUGUAAUUCAAUCGGUAAAACAGUUGGACUACUCAGCCAAGAUUCGGAGAGUAAUGCAAAUUUUUUAAGCACUCAAACAACCGUCAUUAACGACAUUCUGCCAUUGGUAAAACAGGCAGCCGUUCGCAGUUUGAGUUGUGAGGUUAGCAAUACUAAGGAUGGAAGUUUGGUAUUUUUCGGUGAUGCAUCCCGUGGCCAUGUACUUAGCUAUACAUUUCAAAUACACGAUUCACAGGCACGUGGAUUCUAUCGUCUAUUUUCAAUCAUCGUUCUAAUGAAAGAUAAAAUGUAUCUGCUAAAUGUGCAACCAUUUUUAGCGGAUCAUUUGGAAAAAAUAUCGACCGAAUUGCAAAGUUAUUCAUUAAAAAUUCAUUCGGCCGACGAGGCAAAAUAUUCGGAAAGAGCGCAUCGAUUAAAUUCAGGAUAUGCAAGUACACAACCACCAAGAUCGCUCGUUGAAUUGACGGGCGAAACAAAUAUAUUCGCAUACAUUCAUUCACAUUUCGCUUGGAUUCUUUGGAUGGGCGCACGUUGUCUCACGGAAAACAUAAACAUUGGACUACCACCGUUUGAGACGACAAUCAAUACACUUGAUCCAUUCUCUGUAAUUCAAUUGAAAAACAAGGAUUCAAAUCAAACGAGAAAAUUAUUUAUGGACAAUGACAAUGAACAUUUCGAUAUUAUCAGAAGGUAUCAAAUCAUUUUGGGCGAACAUUUUUCGGCUGCUUGUUAUUGUGUUCUUGUCGGUAUACAGAUCAUCUUAAGAGGGACACCGUCAAUAACCAAUGACUGUUUAAAAUGCUUCGCAAAAUUAUUGCCGGAAACAAUGCAUCAUCUUAUUUGCAUGGAGUCACCACAAUAUUUACCGCCAAAUAAAUGUCGAAUUUUAUCCGUUUUACCUCAUGUAGCUGUGCCACAACCAUCGGAAAAAAUAUUUCGAAUUGACUUUACAGAAGAUUCGGACGAAGUUCAUAUCAAAUGGCAUGGAACAUUGCCCAAUAAAUAUCCUGAUCUUUUGACGAAAUUACUGAAAUCGAUCGACGAAAAAUUACUACCCGAUGUGGUUUUAAUGAAACAGUUGCGUGUUUUGGUUGAAGAAUGGAAAAAUAAGGUGGCAUGUUUACAGACGAUCUCAUCGAAUCAAGAUCUGAUCAAAGUAAAGAAAGUGUUGGGCGUUCAGCCACAUGAUCUAGCUUUAAUCAGUUAUUGGAGUAAUUCACUAAUGACCCAGUAGAAAGACGAAAUAAUAAUAUUUGUAUCAAAUAAAGUUUGUCUUUUUAAA